UAGAAAACGGACUGUCGCUGGAGAGCAAAGAAGAGGAGAGAGCUGAGAAAAAGCAGUGAAAUGGUGUGAAACCUGAGCGACUCUAACCCGAGUGAGGGGACAAACGAGGAGGAAGACCACAGGAGGAUUAUUUCCUUUGAAUAAUUAUCCCUAAAGUCAGUUUACUCCCGCUUUUUGAUGCUGUCCUCACGGAGGUUUGAGCCAAUAACGGACUUAUUGGUCGGCUGAACCAUGCAGAGGCUGCUGCUCCUGAGUUUGGCUUUGAGUUUUCAAACUGUGUGGACAGCGAGGUUCUCUCAGGAGCCGGCAGACCAGUCGGUGGUGCGGGGCCAGAGGGUGAUCCUGUCCUGUGUUGUCUUCAACUACUCAGGCAUUGUUCAGUGGACCAAGGAUGGCUUGGCUCUGGGAAUCGGAGAGGACCUCAGGGCCUGGCCCAGGUACCGGGUGCUGCGUGUUCAGGAGUUGGGCCAGUAUAACCUGGAGAUCCUGUCAGCUGAUCUGUCCGAUGACUCUCUGUACGAGUGCCAGGCUCCCGAUGCUGCCCUGAGGUCGAGGAGGGCCAAACUCACCGUCCUCAUCCCCCCAGAUGAACCGGUGAUCGAUGGCGGUCCGGAGGUGUUGCUGAAUGCAGGGGAGUCAUACAACCUGAGCUGUGUGUCUCGAGGGGCAAAACCUCCUGCCACGAUCGAGUGGCUUAAAGAUGGUCUGCCUACUGAUGGGGCUGUCAGUGUCACGGAGGUGCUACCAGACAGGAAAAGGGUGACAACACGCAGCUACCUGCCCAUCCAGCCAGUCGACACCGACACUGGGAGGAACUUCAGCUGUGUGGCCACCAAUCUGGCUAUUCCCAGUGGCAAAAGCACAACUGUCACCCUCAAUGUACACCAUCCACCGACAGUGACCUUGUCCAUUGAGCCUCGCUCCGUCCUAGAGGGGGACAGAGUCACCUUCACCUGCCAGGCUUCCGCCAACCCUCCUAUUAUGGGCUACAGGUGGGCUAAAGGAGGCGUAGUGCUCCAGGGUGCCAGGGAGAGCGUGUUUACCACCAAAGCCGACCACUCCUUCUUCACCGAGCCCGUCUCCUGUCUGGUGUUCAACGCUGUGGGAAAGACCAACGUCAGCAUCCUGGUGGACGUCCACUUCGGGCCGAUCCUGUUGGUGGAGCCGCAGCCAAAAACCGUCGAUGUUGACUCUGAUGUCACUCUCAACUGUAAAUGGGCUGGAAACCCUCCGCUCACACUCACCUGGUUCAAAAAGGGUUCGAACAUGGUUCUGAGUAACAGCAACCAGCUGUAUCUGAAGUCUGUGAGCCAAGCUGAUGCCGGCCAGUAUGUAUGUAAGGCCAUCGUCCCACGGAUUGGAGUAGGAGAGACUGAGGUCACACUCACUGUUAACGGUCCUCCAAUCAUCUCCAGUGACUCGGUCCAGUACGCAGCGAGAGGGGAGAGAGGCGAGGUCAAAUGCUACAUAGCGAGUACACCUCCUCCAGAUAAGAUUGUGUGGGCGUGGAAGGAGAACGUGUGGGAGAAGGAGAAAGGGACGCUGCUGGAGAGGUACACGGUGGAGCAGAGUAAACCGUCAGCCGAGGGCGGCGGCGUCCUCUCCACGCUCACCAUCAACAACGUGAUGGAGUCAGACUUCAUGUCCACCUACAACUGCACAGCCUGGAACUCGUUCGGCCCGGGGACCAUGAUCAUCUCACUGGAGGAGACCGAGGAAGUCCCAGUGGGGAUAAUAGCUGGUGGGACGGUGGGCUCCACCAUCUUCCUAUUCAUCUCCCUGCUUGGCCUCAUUCUUAUCUUCUACAGGCAGCGCAAAGGCAGUCGGCGCGGGGUCACUCUGGGUAAGCCGGACAUCAAGGUGGAGACGAUAAACAAGGAGACCCACAGCUUGGAGGAGGACUCCGGCAGCGUGUCCACGGCUUCGCGCAUGGUCAAGGCCAUGUACUCGUUUCUCCCCUCUGUGUCCUUCUCUCCUUCCAAUCAGCCCUUUAAAGAUGACAUAGAGCUCAAGUCUGACCUGCGCAGCGACACCCUGGACACCCGCCAGGAGUAUGACCUAAAGGAUCCCACCAAUGGCUACUACAACGUCCGAGCCUCCACCCAUGAUGAAGGCCGCCCUGCCUCGCGCUCCACCAUGCACUACUCUGACUACCGCUCCCCUACAGGAACACCAGGGGGCGCUGCAUCCAUCAGCAGCAGUGCUGGAGGCUCAGGCGCCACGGCCAGCGGUGGAGCUCCCGGCCCCCCUGGCCCCCUCACCUCCCCUGGCCGCCCACAGGCCUGUUACGACCCCAGACCCCCCUCUAGACUCUCCCACAUCAGCUACGCCCAGUUUAACACCUUCACUCGUGGGGGGCAAAGCCAGCAACCCCCGACAAAUCCCGCCCCUGCUGGUGACUUCCCAGGGGACUGCAGCCUCUUGGACUCUACUUCCCAGCUAGCCUACGAUAACUACGGUUACCCAUCACAUUACCAGACCUACCGUAUGGGCUUCGCCCCCUCCAGCCUGGCCCCGCUCGAGGCCGGCCCAUCCUAUGAAAUGUACGGGGUGGGAUCCGGAGUAGGGGGCCCAGGGGUCAGCGUAAGUCCUGGGGGCCCUGCUCCCCCUGGAUCAGAGACUGGACUUGGGAAGUACGGCAGCUCCACUCGCUUCUCCUACACCUCGCAACACUCUGACUACUCCCACAGCCGGCACACACAGAGGAUGCAGACUCACGUGUGAGACAGAGAAACACCUCACAGUCUUAGAGCAUGAGGACGCAUCUUAUAAAUAGUGUCACACCUUAAAAAACACACAAUCAUAGAGGAACACGCACACAUUUCACACACUAACACGCCCGACAGAACACAAAAACCAUCACACAUGCACAGAGUCAGAAGACCAUGCCCGUGAGACAGGGAGGGUGUGAGGAACACAGAGAGGCAAGGAGAGGAAAGACGGAGUUUUAGCGAGACAGGGAGGGGAAAUUCCACACAAUUUUGAAUUCCCAAACUCCCAAUGUGUUUGUAUAUCAGAGCUCUGAAAGAGCAGACGGCGCAAGUCACAAUCAAGACUGGGAACAAGAGCGAGAACCGGAGAGAGGACGAGAGAUCACAGAUCUUUGGAGCCCUAUAGCUUUUGCUAUGAACUGACUUUGUAAAUGAUGAGAGCGAACGUCUUAAGGCAAAACUGACUGACUGUCGAAUAUGGUACACACCGAUCGGAAGAAACCUCAACCAAGUGGAAGUCUGACUGGCCGCCAUUUUUUUUUCUUUUUUGCUGGUUGUCUUAUCCAUGAUCAUAAAGCACAUGUUGACCUUUUGCAUCUGACGUUACCAUGUCUGUCCCGCCUCAGCUAGGACGGAAAAAGGGGCUUGUUACCAUAUGGAAGAAUAUAAAUAAGAUGAAACAUUGAGAAAAAUGGCCCAAAUUUACUUGCCAUCACAAGAAAACCUUAAAAAAAUCUAGAGCUGUACUGAAAGUCCAGUGCGACCCACUGGAAACAGCUUCUGAGUCCAGACUUUUGGGUCCAGUUAAAAACCACUGAUCUAGAUUUUCAACAAUUAUCUCUAGUUGCAUGUUUGGUAGCCUCAAACGCUUGAAAUGUCUGUAGCUGAUACCUGAAAAUCAUUUAUUGAAGCAUAAAAUGAAAGCUAAAGAGCGUCUCAGUUUACAGCAAAGGCAAUGUAUCGGCUGAUGCUCACAGCCUUUAUCCACAGCCAAUAGUUCUUGCUCCAGCAGUGCUUGCAACCUCACUUUAGUUUCAUCUUUUCAGUGCUUAUCUUUUUUCUAAGUCGCAAAAACUGACUCCUGUUUCCUCAGUUGUAGCCAUAAUGUUGUUUUAAAUAGCCUGGUGUGCUUAAUAUUUUCCUUUUUCAAGGAAAUAUAAAGUUUUAAACUGUAUGAGAUCUUAGACAUAAAUGCUUUUUCAUCCUAAAAACCUCUGAAUGAGCACAUUAGAGGACUUGGCCGGAUCAUGAGACCACACACCUGCUAACUGUAGUAACACAAGAUCUCAGAGAAACUCGCGUGACAAAACGUGACCGCAGAAGUAGAAGAUGAUAAACACUCAACAACAUACAGAUUACACAUGAGAAAGCAUUUUUCAGUGAGCUUUAAAGAGGACAUAUGCAAAAAAAUCAAUUUUCAGGCUUUUCUAACAAAAUAUGUACCCCUGGCCUGUCCACAAUCCCCUCAAAUAACAGAACCCUCCCCCAGCCCACCUUUCUCCACCUUUCAGAAAAUGUGUGCUGAAGCAAGCCGUUCUCAGAUUUUCCCCUCGUGAUGUCAUGUGGGGAGUUAGCCCCGCCCCUAGGUUCUGUUGCCCCUCCCCUCUUGGAAGAAAGUUCCACCUUCCUCUCCUGAUUGGAUCUGGAGAGCCACAUCCAUUAAGCCACAUCCAUUUCCUGAAAGGGGCGUGGCGUCAGACAGCUCAGUAACAUUUAAAGCCACACAAAAAAAGCAGCUCACUCUGAGCAGUGCUGAAACAGAGAGGUUUUUAGACAUGCAAAAAUCCUAUACUGGGGUGUUUUUUUCAGCAAUAGGCAUGUUUUGGGGACUGCUGAGACCAAUUUAGAUAAAUUAAUAAUUAAUUACCCCAAAAACCUGUAACAUGAAUACCAUUAGUUUCUCAAAGUAUCAGUGCAAACAUAUAAAGAUAACUCAGUCAAAUCCAGUUCCAUUCCUGCCUUUCUUGCUAUUAUUUAAGAGUUUUUUAGACACAGGAGGGUGGAUAAAAACCUCCACUGGUGUUGUGCAUUAAAGUUGCAGCAAAAUAAUAAAGAGGAGAAGAGUAAGGAUGGCUGGAAUGAAGGGAGAGUUGUGUUCUCUUUGUAACCUGUGAAAAAUGCUUGGUGAUGCAACCUGGUCUGCUCAGGUGUUGGCUCAAAGGAUCUAGAAUCGUAAAUAUCAAACAUUUUACGAUUUAGGGUUGGGGAGGCUCUGAGCUGUAAAAUAAUCAUUGCAAAACCACAUACUUGAGGAUUAUUUGGACAAAUAAUUGUUUUUAUUGAGCCUCUGCUUCCUUUCUAAUUGUCAGGGGCCACAAAUCUAGCCUAAACUCAGGCUUGUAAUCAUGCAGUCAGAUCUUAUCUGCUGCUGUUUCAGUUGGAAAAGCUGGCAUCAUACGUCCUGCCUGACUGGCUGAUUGGCCAGUGAAGAAGUGGCAUUGAUAAUUCAACUUAGAGCGCAGAGAGCACCGUAAAAGCUGGACUGCGUAGGUUUUGUGAUAGAAACGACCACUACUAGUGCAGAAAAUGGUGGCUGUGGGCACAGGCCCUUGUGGUUUAGAUUGUGACCCUGACUACUGGUGACAUUCAACCAAAUAAGUUGCUGUAAACAGAAAAACAUAGAUACAAAUGCUUCUGUGAGUCCAUUAAUAUAUAUGUCCAAGGAGCAUAUUUUUAAUGAAAAAAUUAACAAAGAGGUGUUAGCAUGUAUGCUUUAUGAACGGUGACUGUAGGUAGAAAAAAGGCUGUCUACCAUGCAAUAAUCUGAAUAAUAUCUGAGAGUCUUGCAGCUUUACCUGCAUCUGUAAAGAUCCUGGUAAGCAUCAUGCAUGGAUCCUCUUCUAGUCUGAUUUUUUUGCAAGAUUCUCUGCUUUUAAGCACCCUUGAGACAAAAUGACACAGUCACCAACAUUUAUGCAAAGUAGGUUAAUCCUAUUUAGUUACUUUAAUGACUCUAAAAUUCACCUUUUGGCUAAAAAAGGAAGGUAGCAUAAUGACAACACAGGUACUUUUGCCAUCCGCUGUAGUGGCUGAUGUCAUGGUUGUCACAUGGUUGCAAAAGGUCAAUAACUGUAGUAUCCCAUAAUGCCCUUUGGUACAUUCCAGCAUGCCCGUAUGGCGGCGCAGGGAUGGGGAUUGUGUGUGAGUCGGGAUGGGGUUUGUCAUCAUUUUGCACUUCAUCUACAGUAUUCAUGCUUAGACGUCCCUUAUCUAUAUCUGUGUAUUGUCUUCUUUUUAUUUGCACACUUGACUAGAGCUUUGUAUUCUAUUUUUUAACAUUACAGAAUUAUUUUUGUCAAUGUAAAACAUGUAAAUGUGUAUGUAUGGACCAAAACAUGAGUGCACAUAACUUGGGAGUUUGCCUGGGCGAUUCCAUUGAGACAGGGUGAAGAGUUGUGCCAACAGAAGAUCCUAAAUGCAGGAUUGAUUUCCCACAAGGAGGGUAUAUCAGUGUAUAAAAGACAACCUAGUGCCAAGUGUUCAUGUUGUUCUUCACCUUAGACCAUGUAUAUGCAGUAGAAGCUCCUUCUAUUGGUGACUGUUGCUUUACAAACCAGGCUUCGGGGGCCUUGAGUCAUUCCCAGACGUUUUCGUAGGCUGGAGCCUUUUUCUCUGAGCCCUUAACUUCACGCCUGGUGCAGACAGAGAGAAAACACAGAUGUUGGGUUUAGAACUGAGUGGCCUUAUAGGGGAACAUGUCGUGCAUUUCCAUUUUGAAUCAUUCCUCAUCGUCUGUCUGCCAAAACGGCCAGAGGAGAAUGUGUAUGGAGAGGUUCAAUGAAGGCUUGUCCACAAUAUUGACAUGUAGUAGUGUAUGACUGUGACUGUGUGGGUGUGCGAGCGUGUGAGAGAGAGAGAGAGAGUUCAAGAGGGAGUGUGUGGGCGUAGGCGCGCACAUCGAUUUGUACAGUGUGUUUGUAUAGAUGUGUGAAUGGCUGCGUGUGUAUGGGAGGCGGACUGUAAACGCGAGUAUUCAGUAUGUUUGUGCGUGUGCAUGUCUGUGUCAAAGUGUGCGGGCGUGAGUUUCAGUAUAUGUCCAUAUCAUUUCUCUCACAAUCCUGUUACAGUACUUUUAUACCUCUGGUAGGACUGUAUCCUGUAUUAUUGUGUCUUUGAAUUUAGGAAAAUCCAAUGUUUAUCUUAUUGUACUGUUCUUCGUAGCAGAGAAAACUGUUCAAAAGAUGUACAACGAACGUUAUCAAACUCUCAUUUUUUAAUUUCAUUAUCUUCAAUAUUUUUUAAAAAUGGUAUGUAAUUAUUUUUCCACAGUAUUACAUAAAUAAAAGCACUGUUUUUUAU